AUGCAAAAAGAUAUUUCUCCUGAUCAAUUUCGUAGAUUGGUUCGGAAUGGACAGUUUGAGCAUGGUACAUCAUCAGGAUAUUGUGAAGGCUUUAUUCAGGCCAAUUUGGUCAUUCUGCCUUCGGAAUAUGCAACAGAAUUUGAAGAAUUUUGUAAGCUAAAUCAUCAGCCAUGUCCAGUAUUGGAGACUCUCAAACCAGGAUGUAUAAAACCAGAGAAAUUAGUAUUGAAUGAAAAUGAAUGUGAUAUUAGGAAGGAUAUUCCAAAAUAUAGAGUUUUUAAAAAAGGAAAAUUGAUUGAAGAAACACGUGAUGUUACAAAAUAUUGGAGGGAUGAUCUGGUAACUUUUCUGAUUGGAUGCAGUUUUUCGUUUGAGAAGGCACUUCAAGCUCAUGGAAUUGAAAUUAGAAAUAUUACAGAGAAGAGAAAUGUAUCCAUGUACAAGACAAAUAUAUUAUGCAAGACACAACCAAACUUUAAAUAUUUGAAUCAAUCAAUUCCAAUGGUUGUUUCCAUGAGACCUGUAAAACCAGACCAAGUAGAACUUGCCAAAGCAAUUACUGAACAAUUCACAACAACUCACGGAGGACCAAUUCAUUGUGGAGAUCCUAAAGAGAUUGGUAUUGAGGAUUUGAGUAAGGUUGACUUUGGAGAUUCAGUUACAGUGCAUCAAGAUGAGAUUCCUUGUUUUUGGGCAUGUGGUGUUACAAGCUCAAUGGCAGCACUUGCUAUUGAGUCAGACAUUUGCAUUACUCAUGCUCCUGGAAAUAUGUUCAUUUCUGACAUUAGAGAGCCAAUAAUUUCCCUUAAUAAAAUUGGAAAUGACCGAAAGUAA